CUAAAACCAUGCGCAAAGCUCAGCCUUUCAAUGUGUUACAUUCGCUGCCGCGGAUGUCUUGGCGUCCGCUGAAUUUGUACAACCUUUGGCGGAGAUCAUUGGGCCCGGUGGCCAAUGAAACCAACUUCACGCGCUCUUCUAUGACACUAUUCCAGCAACGAUGGCGAAGCAAACGUCUUGUGAGAGGGUAUCAUGGUGAUUAUAUUCCCGAGAAAAAAUUCAAACGAUGGUGGCUACCUACACGCCUACCCGAUGUUCGUGUCCGGAAGACGAAUUUGGGUAAAGAGCAAGAGGGUCAAUUCCUCCAGACUGCUUGGGAGCUGGGGAAGUGGUCGGGUCGUUCGAAGGAAGCGGAUGCAAUGACAAGAAAGGCUCAGGCCGCUGGCGAGCUUGCAGCGAAGACACCGUUAGGAAGCCUGAUGUUUAUGGAGGUGGAAAGGCGGCUGGAUACGUUUAUAUUCCGGUGUUGUUUCGCACCUAGCGUGUAUCAGGCUAGACAGAUGGUGAUUUGCGGGAAAGUGCAGCUUAAUGGACGCGUGGUGUCGGAAUGCGAAUGCAGGCUAGAUCCAGGUGAUAUGGUGACUGUUGAUCCGAAAGCCAUGACGAUUCUAAGGCGAAAACCUACAUCCACACCCGACCCUGAACCGUCCGAGAAAUCAGACGAGAAAUCGCUGGUCUCCGAUGGACUGGAAAAUUCACAAGAUUCUCCCAAAAAGAAUUCUGAGAAACCUUUCGCUUCAUCACAAUCUCUCGCUGAUAGUUUUAAAUUUCCCGAUUAUUCUGCCCCUUUCCUUUUCCUCCCCGCCUACAUAGAAUCAAACCCACUAACAUGUUCUGCUGUGUAUCUUCGGCAUCCUACUGCGCGCCCAGGGUACUCUGAGAUACCGACGCCGUAUGAUGCUGAUGGUGAUGUGAUGAGGUUUGCAUGGGAGUGGUACUCGAAGGUGAGACCACGGACGCACAGAGGGAAAUUUUCAAAAUGGAAAAAUCCCUCAGGGGAGAACGUCAAGCUGUAGAUGGCAGAAAGCAAUUAUGUAUACGUUCUCCAGUCAUUCACGUCAUUGAUAUGAUCCUUAUUUCUCCACCAGCCACCUUCGCGGCAAGGCCGCAAACAGGACAUGGGUACUAUACAGUAAGUGUAUAUAGUGCAGCAACGUAGAUAAUGCGCAUGAGGCCAAUUAUCAUGAAUCCAGAAUCC